UAUUUUUUUUCAUAUCUCUAAAUUAAUUAGAGAUAAUAUCCACAGAUAAAUUAUUUUUGUUAAUUUUACAGCACUCUAAGACAACAUAACACCAGAAUUACAUUAGCUUUAAGAAAUCUUACUAAAUAAGAAAGGGUCUGAACUAACUUCUGUCGAGUUGAAUGAUAAAAUGCCUGUUUCUGUCAAUGCAAGUGCUACUGGCUUUGCUUUUGACCAAAAUCAUGACUGAUUACGUGAUGCUUUAAGCAUCAGGUUUUGCCUGAAGAACCUUUCCGAAAAUUCUAUUGACCCUUUAAGUUGAUUUCUGGAUAAAUACAAUUGUAACCAUGAGAGAAAACCAUCUCACGCUCACGUCCUUAAAAAAUGGCAUUAAAGUUCAUGUGAAAUGGUGUUUACUUGAAGAUGAUUGCCUCUGAGAUAUUAACAGAAAUAAAAGGGCAACUGUCUGUGCCCUUUGGUGGGAAUUCCCUUUGCAAUCAGUACUUCUGAUCAACCUUUGGUUGGAAUAAGAACUGACAAAGGAAAAUCCACUGAUUUUUCCUGCAGGCUAGGGGACCAUUCCAGCAUCCAUUCUGGAUAAGAAUAUUUCCAAUGGCAGAUGUAGUUGAUACUAUGUAUGCUUUCUGUGUGUGUGUCCUGAUGAAACUAAUUGUUUGGAGAAACAGUAGCAAGUGUGAAUCUCUCACAAGAUCCUGGCAUGAUUUUUGUUAACUGGUUGUGUUAUUGUGGCUUUGAUUUCCCCAUGUGUUUUGUUGGUGAAAGAAGUUAAAACCUAGCAAAGCUUAUGCUAAUGUAAUGGUCAUUGUACAUUCAGUGUAAUUGUGUUUCCCUAAGAACUUCUCUUAUAUAAAGUGGGAUUAAACUAUUUUAGUGCUACUGUUACAUCAGGAAUAUUGAAUGAGCUCUACAUUCCUCAGUCCAUGGCAUUAACACUGAAGACUUUUCUCCCCCAGGUUUGCAUUCAGCGGGUUAGAUCGUGCAGCAGCGUUCGCUUUAUAAAAUCAAAAUAUGUGUGCGUGUUUGACAAAUCUGCCCUCAAGUUUAGUCAUCAGCAGCGAUUAUUCAGAACAUCUGCUGUUUCACGGGGCCAAAUUGUCCAGUUUAAGCUUUCUGACAUUGGAGAAGGGAUUACGGAGGUGACUGUAAAGGAAUGGUAUAUAAAGGAAGGUGAUAGCGUGUCUCAGUUCGAUAGCAUCUGUGAAGUACAAAGCGAUAAAGCUUCCGUUACCAUCACUAGUCGUUAUGAUGGCAUCAUUAGAAAACUCCACUACAGUUUAGAUGAAAUUGCUUAUGUUGGAAAACCACUGGUGGACAUUGAAAUCGAUGCUUCAAAAGGUGUUGCCCCAGCAGAAGAUGUUGUCGAAGCACCUCCUAUGUCUCAUGAAGAACACACUCACCAAGAGAUAAAAGGUCACAAAACAUUAGCAACCCCUGCAGUUCGCCGUCUGGCCAUGGAGAACAAUAUUAAAUUGAGUGAAAUUGUUGGAACAGGGAAAGAUAACAGAAUCCUUAAAGAAGAUAUACUCAAUUACUUGGCCAAACAAACAGGAGCUAUUUUACCUCCAUCACCAAAGGCUGAAAUUAUCCCACCUUUUCCAAAAUCAGAGACUGUGCCAGCUCCUCCAAAGGACAAAGCACACAAAAUUCCUGUGCCUGUUUCCAGACCCAUUGUGUUUUCGGGAAAAGAUAAAACUGAACCUAUAACAGGUUUUCACAAGGCAAUGGUAAAGACAAUGAGCGCAGCCCUGAAGAUCCCCCACUUUGGUUACUGUGAUGAGAUUGAUUUGACUGAGCUUGUGCAGCUGCGAGAAGAGCUGAAACCUCUAGCCCAAAUUCGUGGAGUUAAGCUUUCCUUUAUGCCUUUCUUCAUAAAGGCAGCCUCCUUGGGGUUAUUGCAGUAUCCCAUUCUUAAUGCUUCUUUGGAUGAAAACUGUCAAAAUGUCACAUAUAAGGCUUCGCACAAUAUCGGAGUUGCUAUGGACACAGAGCAAGGUUUAAUUGUCCCGAAUGUGAAAAAUGUGCAAGUCUGUAGCGUGUUUGAGAUUGCUUCUGAAUUAAACCGCCUACAGUCCUUGGGCUCUGCGGGCCAGCUGGGAACCACUGAGCUCACGGGAGGAACAUUCACCCUUUCCAACAUUGGCACAAUUGGUGGCACUUACACCAAACCAGUGAUACUGCCUCCUGAGGUAGCUAUUGGAGCACUUGGAAAGAUACAGGUUCUUCCUCGGUUUAAUGGAAAAGGUGAAGUAUUCAAAGCACGGAUAAUGAACGUGAGUUGGUCAGCGGAUCACCGCGUCAUUGAUGGAGCCACGCUGGCCCGCUUUUCCAACUUGUGGAAAUCUUACUUGGAGAACCCUGCUUCCAUGCUGCUAGACCUUAAAUAAAGGAAACCCAGGCUGGAAUAUGCCUUUCAACUUUGUCAGUUAGACUGAAUAAUGACAAAAGCUGGCACUGCUAGCACAUGCCCUUUGCUACGCACAUUAGUAUAUCAUAUUGUGUGGUUAAAAGUUCCCAACAGCUGCUAUCAGCCUAUCAGUCAUUACUUUUUUUAAUUAGUAGUGCUGUAAUUUCUUCUACAGCAGACUUCAAACUGAAUAGAUCAUGGUGCAACUUCUGAUUACGGUGAUGGAAUGAAUGUCUUUAUUUUGCCUUUUCUAAUACAUAUGGUUGUGAGGCUGGUGUGACCGAAUGACGCUGAUCUACACCUGCAGUAUUUAUAAUCUGAUUAACCUGUUUUGAAGGGAAAUACUCAUAAUUCUUCCUUGUUGGACACAUACAUUUAUUUUAACAAUUAUUAUCCAGAUUUCCAAAAGAAGUUAUGCAAAAAUAAUAUACAAAUAAAAUGCCUUUUAUGCUUCUGCUGUAAGAUGUCCAGAGAGCUUUUUGUUAACUGAAUAAACCUCUCAAGUCUUUUGCUAGUCCACUUUUUCCUGGCAAUUACUUGCACAGGUACUCUUUAUCAAAUUAAGAGGCCAUAUUUAUUGAAAUGUUUACUGAUAACAUUUAUUGAUAACUGUCAGGACCUUAACACUCUCUAGAAUAUCUUGUAUUUUUAUAGGCUGGAAGUAGCUGCAGGCCUUAAAUACCUUCCAGUUAUUUUUGUUUCAUAUAGAAAGCAUCUGUCUGUUAAAAAAGAAAGAAAGAAAAGAAAAACCCGAGGAUCUCAUUUGUUUUUCUGUCCUUGGGAAAGCCUGACAGGAAGCAGAACGUGUUCUAAAAGCUUGCGUUGUGCAUUGGUGUUCAGGUAUUAGAGUUUGACUGAUUAAUCAGAUACAACAAAGAAUUAACAUUAAAAAAAUCACUGUGUCAGAUAAGGACUUUUUAAACUCUGAUAUGAGGCACAUGAUGAACAGGUUUGAGUUAGUGCCUUCAAACAGGCAACAGUCAUGUGGCUUUAAGGUAAACUAAACAGACGACAAGGUUUGCACUGGUGAUUUAAGAGGAGAGAUGAAGAAAACUGUUGGGUAUAAAUUCCUUCUAGAAACUUAAGUUGCAAACAGACACAAGAAAAGACAGUUGCGUGGCCUUAAAAAUGAAUUUGUGAGGCACAAAAUGGACAUUUUCUCCUUUCUUUAGAUACAUCAAAAAUUGCCUCUACAGGAGCAUUCUCCAAAAUUGUAGACCAAAUUUGUCGAUGGCAUUAGCUGUGAAGAUGCAAGACACAAGCUACCAUAGGUAGAAUCUCUGCUAUCCUUCGUGCUGAGACCGAGCAAGAGGAAAGCCGGUAAUGUAGGGGAGGGAGCAUGGGAGCAUACAUGUAAGGUGCUAUUUAUACUUCUAUUGUGGUGUAAAAGUCUUUUAUAUCUAGGUCAUUUCUUGCGAAGUUUGACUAAUAUAUCGUGCUUAUCACAUAUUUAAGUUUUAUCAGAUUUGUUUAUUCCUAAUAAAAAAUUAAAGCCGCAAA